AUGGCAUUAACAAUGAGAAUGGCUGAACCAACACCAAGACGUUCGUUAGCUGCUCGACGUCGUACAACAAAACUUUUAACAUUUGAAGAUGAUAAUUAUGAAAAAGAAAAUUCUCUUAAUGAAAGUCUUAAAGGACGACGACAAUCACGUUUAUUUAAUAGUUCUAUUAACAUCGAAACUAUUAAUGACGAACCAGCUCAAACACCAACACAAUUAGUUGAUUUAUAUCAAAAAACACUUGAAUUAGCUGCUCAAGGAAAAAUUAAUGUUAAAAAUGCAUUUAGUAUUUCACUUGUCGAACGAUUACCACAAGUUUUAAAUGCUAUUGCACUGGAUGAUAUUGAACAUCAUCAUCUAGGACCAAAUUUUGUAAAAGCCGGUUCAGUUAUUGAUACUAGUGCUAAAAUCUAUGGUUUUCGUGUCGAUGCUUUACAUACUGAAACGCAGAAAUUAAGUGGAAAUAUUUUAAAUACUGAAGAAGAAAAUGCAACGAAUGGAGAAAAUACAGAAGAAAAUCGUAUUGAAGGUGGUAAUGAAAAUAUUGAUUCAGAACAAAUUGAAGCGAAAAAA